GUGUACUACCUACAUGUAAGUUACUACUGUAGGAUACAUAAAUUCAAUACUUCGUACUUUACUUACACACAUGCGCCUACACACAGUAGCAGUCUACGUGGUAGCAAUACUCCUACCAGACAUAUUUCCCCCUUUCUUCUCAUUCAUGGAUUAAUUCUUUCACUUGAGGCUACAUUCAUUCGAAAGUACCAAGUACUUACCUACCUACCUGGUAUCAAAUGGCUUCCAGGCUGGGACUGGAUCCGUCCUUCAUUCUCCAGCUUACACGCUACGGCCUCGUAUCUACAAUCUUUUACUUCUCCACGGUCCGCAACAAUACAACUCCAACACCUCGACACAUUCCCUAUACGAUAUUUCUGUGUUUAGUAACUAUUGGGCUACUUGCUCGUCAAUGGCUUUCUUUAGUGACUCAGCACGCCCCGGAGCCUUACCUGGAUGAAGUGUUCCAUAUCCCUCAAGCUCAGGUGUACUGUGAUGGCAAAUAUGCCGUGUGGGAUGACAAAAUCACCACGCCCCCUGGCCUCUAUGCCUUGACAAUACUGGCGAACACAUUAAGCGCCUUUCCGUGCUCUGUUUACCACCUCCGGCUAUUCAACGUAGAGGUCAUCUCCUAUCUCUCUCUAGUGGCCACCAUAUGUAAAGCCCGGCUUGAGAGAUCCAAAUCAGGAGAGGCGCAAUCGUCACACUCUUGCUCGGCUUAUUCCAUUUGGACCGGAAUUAAUGUUGCUCUGUUUCCUGUUCUGUUCUUCUUCUCUGGCCUAUACUACACGGAUAUCAUUUCGACAUUCGUCGUUUUGCUCGCUUACGCGAACCAUUUGGGCCGAGUGAGUCAAGCUAAAACAUCAUUCGCUAACGAUGUCUAUACCAUUAUCCUUGGCCUUCUGGCUCUAUGCAUGAGACAGACCAACAUCUUCUGGGUCGUCGUCUACAUGGGUGGCCAGGAAGUCGUCCAUAGCAUCAAAGCAAUAAGGCCCAAGUCUGUUGUGCCUACCCCGGCCUUUGCUACCUUAUCGGCGCAGAUCAGGUUCUAUGCUUGGAGAUACUCGCUUGGUGAAAUCCAUGACCCUCCUGCGGGCCUGUCGAAUCCAAUUGAUUUGGUUUUAUGCGUCGUCAGUAUUAGCGUCGCAACUCUUCGCCACCUCUUCACAAUCGUGCGACGACAAAUCUGGCCACACCUAGUCAUUUUUGGCGCCUUUGUCGGCUUCGUUGCCUGGAAUGGAGGCGUUGUCCUAGGGGACAAAUCGAAUCAUGUGGCAACGCUGCACCUGGCCCAGAUGUUGUACAUCUGGCCAUUAUUCGCCUUCUUCUCCGCGCCCCUUUUUAUCCCAACCCUCCUGAAUCUCGCCACACGGCUCCUUCGAAUCUUCAAGGGCCCAACUACAUCACCGAAAGGCCCAACUACAUCACCGAAAGCCCCUACCACAAAGGGCAAUUCGGGCAAAGCAGCCCAACUGGACCAAUCCAACGCGCUCAAAGUAUUCAACUACCUCGGGUCAAGCCACAAAACCCACACCAUCCUCAUCCUCUUAGGAUCUCUCGUGGCCGCAUCGCUAAUCGCACACAUCAACACCAUCAUCCAUCCCUUCACCCUCGCCGACAACCGGCACUACAUGUUCUAUGUCUUCCGGUAUACCAUCCUCCGGGCCUGGUGGGUCCGGUAUGCGCUUGUCCCAGCGUACGUCGUCUGCGGAUGGCUCUGCUGGACCACUCUGACUUUCCAAUACCCUUCUUCCUCCUCUACCACAACCUCCACGUCCACCAAACCACAACCAGCCCACCCCUCCGAUUCAACAACAACAACAACCCCACCUCCCACUUCUUCCUCUUCCUCUUCCUCCUCCCUCCUCAUUCUCCUCCUCUCAACAUCCCUCUCCCUCAUCACCGCCCCCCUCGUCGAGCCACGGUACUUUAUCCUCCCCUGGGUCCUCUGGCGUCUCCAAGUCCCCCCUCCUGCCUCUUCCUCAAACUCAAACUCAAAACCAGCACCAACACAAGCUCUGCCGUACCUCGUCCCCGCGCUCGAGACAACCUGGUUCCUGCUCAUCAACGCAGCGACCAUGUACAUCUUCGUGACGCGCCCCUUCUACUGGCGGACGCCCGACGGGGAGCUGGCGGAUGGGGGCAGGGUGCAGAGGUUCAUGUGGUGAUGUGUGUAAGUAUGUAAGUCAUAUAUAUAUAUAUAUAUAAUAUA